UCAGAUGGUUAUACAACUGAUGACAUUGAAUUUUAUUGGAGGGGGGGCAACCAUGCUGUCACAGGAGUUGAUAGAAUUGAAUUGCCACAAUUUUCCAUUGUAGACUACAAACUCCUAUCAAAAAAUGUUGUAUUUUCCACUGGUUCCUAUCCAAGAUUGUCUCUUAGCUUUAAACUGAAAAGAAACAUCGGCUAUUUCAUCUUGCAGACAUACAUGCCCUCUAUUUUGAUCACUAUUCUGUCAUGGGUUUCUUUCUGGAUUAACUAUGAUGCAUCAGCUGCCCGGGUUGCCUUAGGAAUCACAACUGUUCUCACUAUGACAACAAUCAACACUCACCUUCGAGAAACACUACCUAAAAUCCCCUAUGUGAAAGCCAUUGAUAUGUAUCUUAUGGGUUGCUUUGUGUUCGUUUUUAUGGCAUUAUUGGAGUAUGCAUUGGUCAACUACAUAUUUUUUGGUAGGGGACCACAGAGGCAAAAGAAGGCUGCAGAAAGAGCUGCCAGUGCUAACAAUGAGCAAAUGAGAAUGGAAGUUAAUAAGAUUCUUUCUCAGAUGGAUCCACAUGAAAAUAUUUUGCUGAGCACACUUGAAAUUAAAAAUGAGAUGGCAGCAUCAGAAGCUGUUAUGGGUCUUGGUGAUCCAAGAAGCACUAUGCUAGCUUAUGACACCUCCAGCAUCCAGUACCGAAAAGCCGGAUUACCAAGGCAUAGCUUUGGACGCAAUGCCUUAGAACGACAUGUGGUACAAAAAAAAAGCAGACUACGGAGACGUGCAUCCCAGUUGAAAAUAACCAUACCUGACUUGACUGAUGUAAAUGCCAUUGACAGAUGGUCACGCAUGAUCUUUCCUGUGGUUUUUGGAUUCUUCAACGUUGUCUACUGGCUCUAUUACGUGAACUAA